AUGGAGCUGCUGACUGGGUAUGGCCUGGCGUCUGUGGCCAUAUUCACAGUCCUCUUUAUAUUACUGGUGGAUCUGAUGCACCGCCGCCAGCGCUGGACUUCUGGCUACCCACCAGGCCCUGUGCCCUUGCCUGUGCUGGGCAACCUGCUGCAGGUGGACCUCAACAACAUUCCAAACAGCAUCUACAAGCUUCAACAACGCUAUGGUGACGUGUUCCGCCUGCAGAUGGCCUGGAAGCCCGUGGUUGUGAUCAAUGGACUGAAGGCGGUUCGGGAAGUGCUGGUGAACUGUGGAGAGUUCACUGCAGACCGCCCCCCAAUACCCAUCUUUGAACACUUGAGCGCUGGUCCAAAAGCUAAAGGAGUGAUCCUUGCACCUUACGGACCCGAGUGGCGAGAGCAGCGAAAAUUCUCUGUGUCCACCAUGCGCAACUUUGGCCUGGGCAAGAAAUCCCUGGAGCAGUGGGUGACAGAAGAGGCUGGCCACCUCUGUGAUGCCUUGGCCGACCAGGCUGGGCGGCCCUUCAAUCCCAACACCAUGCUGGACAAAGCUACGUGCAAUGUGAUCUCGUCUCUCAUUUUUGCUCGUCGCUUUGCAUAUGAAGACCCUUACAUUAUCAGGUUGCUGAAACUACUGGAAGAAGGUUUGAUGAACAUCUCUGGCUUCCUUCCUGAGGUUCUUAACAUGUUCCCAAUCCUCCUGCGCAUCCCAGGACUGGCUGACAAGGUCUUCCAGGGACAGAAGAACUUGGCAGCAAUGCUGAAUGACCUGUUGACUGAGCACAGGAAGACCCAGGACCCUGAACAGCCACCCCGAGACCUGACUGAUGCCUUCCUGGCAGAGGUGGAGAAGGCCAAGGGGAAUCCUGAGAGCAGCUUCAAUGAUGAGAACCUACACGCAGUGGUGGCUGACCUGUUCGCUGCAGGGAUAGUGUCCACCUCAACCACACUAUCCUGGGCCCUGCUGCUCAUGAUCCUGUAUCCAGAUGUGCAGAGCCGCGUGCAACAGGAGAUCGAUGAAGUCAUAGGACAGGCCAGAAGGCCAGAGAUGGCAGACCAGGCCCGCAUGCCCUACACCAAUGCUGUCAUUCACGAGGUGCAGCGCUUUGGGGACAUCUCCCCGUUGAAUUUGCCAUGCAUCACAUCUCGUGACAUUGAAGUCCAAGGCUUCCUCAUCCCCAAGGGAACGACCCUCAUCCCCAACCUGUCCUCCGUGCUGAAGGAUGAGACUGUCUGGGAGAAGCCCCUCCAGUUCCACCCUGAACACUUCCUGGAUGCCCAGGGACGCUUUGUAAAGCAUGAGGCCUUCAUGCCAUUCUCUGCAGGCCGCAGAGCAUGUCUGGGGGAGCCUCUGGCCCGCAUGGAGCUCUUCCUCUUCUUCACCUGCCUCCUGCAGCGCUUUAGCUUCUCGGUGCCUGUUGGACAGCCCCGGCCCAGUGACCAGAGAGUUGUUGGUGUUGUGACAACUCCCUCCCACUAUGAGCUCUGUGCAGUCUCUCGCUAG